CCUCGGCGACAAGACUACCGCGCUCGACACGCGCGUCUUCAACAGCACCCAGCGGCUGGACCGCAUCAAGUAGCUGUCGCCGGGCUCCGCACAUAGAGAGACUCUGGACGGUGGCUGCGUAAUGACCAUCACGACACAUGCUCCUGCGUCUGUCGCUUUCGAGGUAUAUCGGCACGGUGCUCGACCACGGCCUCGCCGUGUCGUGCAUGCUGAGCUGCGCGCUCAGUGGCUUCCCGCACACAGCGGUACCCUCCCGAUGCGCGUGCCGCCCAGCGACCCCUGAGUGGACACUGCUCCCACGGAGAGCUUUGUCCGAGCAGCGCAUGUGUUGGGGCACUUCGUCUCGACCCCGCUUCCAUCUGCGGAGGAGAAGCGUUCUGCCGAGUGCGGCAUCUAGGGGUGGCCCCGCGGCCGCGUUCUGGUACGGAGAGCGUCAGGAGGUUGCUUCUGCGGAGGAGACGGAGGAGACUGCGAGGCAAGCCCGCUCAUCCUGCAAGGACGACUCGCUGCCAGACACCUCGUGUCUGCUGGUCGCAGCGCUGAACACGAGCCUCGAGACCACCCCCGAAAUGAUGAGCGCCUUCAUCGCCAGAUUAUGAGCCAUAUGCGGAGGGCGCAGCGUGCCGGGAUAAGGCGGGUGCCACGAGCCGAGGGGGUUGACGACGAGGAGCGACGUGCCGAGACGCGCCAGGCGGCGAGGU